UGGCCGACGCACCCGGCACGCUGUUCGAGCUCUCCGCUAGCGCGCGCUUCUCGUCCGGAUGGUCGUAGACUACAUUUGUCGUGACACUCUUCAAAUGAGAUUGGGUUUACAAUUGCAUUGCUUCCGACGCCUGGUCCCGAAAAAGUCACGUACAGAAUUUAUAGCACAAGAUGAGUGCAGGCACGCACUAAAUUCUCAGUGAUCGCUCGGGAAGUGUUUUGAAAUAAGUAGGUGGAUAUCAGAGAGCAUUUUGACAUAAGAUCAACCUAAAUGUUCCUAAAGCGAAUUCGUGUCAACAGAAGUGUACAUGAGAUCUCAUUUUGAAGCUUUCGGCGUAUAUACUUGUUUUGAAAGUGCUUUUGUAAACACUUCCGAGAUUUUUACUUCUUUCUUCUACAAGUUACCGAAAGGUGCGAACACUCCUCCGCCGACCGCUGACCAGCCGUUGCAUCAGCGCACUGGCAUCUCGCCCCUGGAUGCGGCUGUGUCCAAGAUCGCUGUGGCGUGCAGGAUGAGGCGGCGGUCGGCGAGGCCGCGCUGAGCCCGCAUGUCGACGCUGCCGCGCGCGCAUGCGCCCGGCGGCGGCGUCGGAGGCGGCAGGGCCCGCGGUGCCGGCGGCGGCAGAAGCCGCGAGCGGCCCAGCAGCCUGUACGACAACCUGCCGGCGCCGCCGCCGCCGCCGCUGCCGGCCGCCGACGUCUCCUCCGACGGCGACUCGUCGAGCGCCGCGGCGCCGCUGCCCCCCCUGCCGCCGCCCCCGCCGCCCCCGCCGCUGGCCUCCUCGACGCCCGCCGGCCGCGCGUCGCGCUCGCUGCUGGCGGCGGCGCCGGAGACGCCGUCGCUGCUGCCGGCGCUCAACACGACGGUGCCGGUGAACGUGGCGGCGCGGCCCGCCGACCUGGCGCAGCGGCACGCGCCCACCAGGUCCUCCUUGCGCCACUCGCGGCUCGUCUCCAAGGCCUACCAGCAAGAGCUGGACCCGCAGCGGCCACGGGCGUACCGGUCGCGCCGGCUGGCGUGCGCGCUCUCCGGCCUGGAGCUGCUGCUGGGGCUGUCGGUCUGCAUGCUCGCCCUCUGGCUGCUGCUGUGGGCGCCGCGCAUGCGCACGCGGGACGUGCCCUACUGGAGCGGCGCGCCGCUAUUUCUUUCUGGUCUUUGUGGACUUACCCUUGCAGGAUGUCCAGGGGAUUUUCCAGGUUCAUGUAUAAAGUUCUUCAGGGUAGUGAGCAUUAUCCUGGCAAUACAAGCAGCUUUAUCCUGUUUAGUGGCAGCUAUCCUAUCCAUGAUGCAUCUCAUACUUCUCCACUGGGCACAAUGUGAGCCAGAAAGUGCACUUUCAACAAGCUGUGAAUGUCACACUGAGAUGGCAAACAUUCUAAGGUAUCCUGAUUUGAGCUGCCCGGCAGUUGUGAAUGUACUAGUGUUGCUACUUGUGGGAUCUUGUGCUUCAAACCUGAUGGGAUGCAUUCUAGCUGCUUGGCUGCUGCCCCUGCAUUGGGGCAGAUAUAGAAGUCAUGGUUACCUGCCAGUAGCCGGUCGGCCUCCAAGUUGAAACCUGAAAUGAAAUGAAGUAUUAACGUGCUAAAAAUAGACAGUAACAUUGUACCAAAAGCUACUCCUGAAGAAUGAAAAUGAUUUGAUGGACUUUUUAGAUAAUUUUUAUGGUGAAAUUUAUAAAAUACAGAAUUACCACUAGACGUUGCAUGGAGAUCGCUCCAGGAUGUAAAUGCUAUAUGUCUGACAGGAUUACAUGUGCAGCUUGUAACAAAUAUUACUUCCCUUUUAAUACCCUGUAGACAAGUAGUUUGGUAAGUGUUAAAACAUUUGUUUACCAAUGUCAAUGGACAACAUUACAUAAUUUUAUAUUAACCGGAAAUCACGCCCAUAUUAGAAUUUCAUGAACGUCCAUCUAUAAUGUUACAAAUUGUCCUUAAAAUACAGUAGAGUCCCGCUAACCCGAACCCCAAUAAUCCAAAUGUUCGGUUAACCCGAACGUUCGGUAAAUCCAAACUUGAAAAAUGUUAAUCUAAGAACAGAAAAACUGUGUGGUAAACUACUGUACAUACACACUAUUUUAAUUUACACAGUACAGUAAACAUAUAUUAGACAAAUUGGCAAGAAAACUUUACUUUUAAACAAUUCACAACAAUGAAAGAAAAGCUGUCAAACUUACUAAAAUACAGCGGAUAUUUUAUCCCUACUUUUUAGAUGACAAAUACAGCGAUUGUUUUUUAGUGUUAUGAAGACAGUGUGCUAUAUGACGCAUAGUUGUGCCAUUGUCUCAUAAAUAUCAAAUCAGCAGGUGUAGCAGUGGGCUAUUGCUCCGAAUAAUGUAGCACGGGGUCAAAAGCUGCUGCUGCAUCACUGUGUGGCACCAGCUCUCCUUUGUCACUUUCAGGUUCAUUGUCACUUCCGUCACAGCAGUCCUCUUCUUCCUGGUCUUGAGUCAUGGCAGUGUGUCAGGUUUUUCACACAUGCCCCAUCCACUGCCAUCCAUUCACCUACAUCUUCAUUAGCUUCAUCACAUCCAGGGAUUGUCUGUGUCAUUUGUAGUAGCUUCACUCAGUUCUUCUAUGAAUUAGAAGUGGUUGCUUUACCAACACCCAGUUCUGUUGCCAGUUUAGAUACAUUAUCACCACUGUCUAUCCACUCAAAAGCAUUCAGUUUUUCUUUGAGAAAUAACGCUGUGUUUCCAUUUCCUCAUGACGAAAAUACAUACACCACUACACCUGAACGAAUACAAUACAAUACAACUGUUAUGCGAGCCAGCAAUCGAUAUCUAACACAACCAAGCACUUUGCAAGCCAACUGUCAGUGCACUGACCCAGAACGCUAAAAAGGUUUUAACAAUGCACAACAGCAAGGGCAGGGAGUGAGAGUGGGCCAUUGUUCCCAUACUUGUUCCCAUUAGUUACCAUGGUGUACCUACUUAUCUGCUUGGUAUACUUCAUUCUAGAAACUCGUCACCGUAAUUUCUGCUAGUCCGAACAAAUUGAUAAUCUGAACAAGGUCCGGUCCCAAUUAGUUUGGAUUAACAGGACUCUACUGUACCAGAAAAACAUGGAUACCAAAAUAGAAUAUGUAAUUCACAACACAAAUUUCUCUUUUUACAUGACUUAAUGCAUAAAAAAUUUUAAUGUUGUAAUUGAAUUUGCCAAUCUGUUGCUAAAAUAUAUAUAUGUAUUUUUUCAAUUAACUCUUAAGAUUGCAGCCAUGUAAAAAUCAUAAAAAAAACAGCUGAUAUUUUGACAGACAGCCUUCCUAUCAUUCUCCCAUGCCUUGAACUACAUUCCCAUGAGCUGUUAGAAUUUCUAUGCUGGGAAGCAUUUACACAUGCAUUUUUUUACAUUAUGAAAAACUACUGACAAUUUGUAUAAAAUAUAACCCUUAUAUUCUUUCAUAUUGUAAAGAAUUAAUACAGCCAUUAUACAAUAUUUA